AUGAGUCAAAAAUACAAUCACGAGAAGAAUUUGCCUAGCAGAAGAGAAAUUUGUGAAUGGGAUGACAAUGUUGCCGAUACUAAACCUUUCAGUCAAAACAGUCCUCGUGAUAAAUUUGUAAAAGGUAGCAGUCAUCGAAGUGAUUUAUCAAAAAGUUACAAGGAAUCCGUUCUCUCUGAUAACUGGUCAGCAACAAACCGCGUCUCAUCAAAUGGACAUGAAACUUGUGAUGAUUUUGAUGAUAGUAACGUUGAAGGUCCCGUGAGUGAUGAUGACAAUGACUUUGAUGAAGAUGAUGAUGCAGAAGAUGAGGACUGGGUGGCUUCCGAUUAUGAGAAAAAACGUCCUAGUCGCACUUCUCGAACACAACUCACUGGUUCACGUAAAAUUGGAAAUAGUUGCAGUUCACAUCGCAAAAGUUCACAUGGAGAUCGUUCUCAACGUAGAAUUGGCAGCAGUUUGCCAAGGACAGCUGCUCACAAUCCAGGGAGUAAUCGUAUUGUUUCUUCCAAUAAAUCUUCCAAAUCUGUUGGUCGACCUAGAACUGUUAAUCGCUAUCAAGGUGGAAGUGCUAGGACUGUUCAUGCAUCAUCUGGUCGUAAGAUUGCUACACGUCGAGUUGAAAAACCAAAGACAAAUAAUAGCAACCCACGAAAAGUAUUUGAUUCACUAAUACCUAACGAACUAAAAAAGCCUCGACAAUGUUUCGGUCCUGGAUGCACUCGAGCUGCAGCAAGACCAGAUACAAAAUAUUGUUCAAAUGAAUGUGGACUUAAACUUGCCAUCAAGUUUGUAGCUUAUCUGUACUUUGCUUCAUUUACGAAAUAUUUUGUUUAUAGAUCACAUUUUUAA